AUGACGAACUACGGCGCGAUUCCGACGUCGUCUCAUCCAUCGCCGGCGGUGGACCUCGAGUACCUCUCACGCGCAAAACACCGCAUCAAAUCCGGUCUCGCCACGCGACGCCCAUGGAAAUCGAUGUUCGAUUUCGAAUCCAUGACUCUCCCACACGGCUUCCUCGACGCGAUCUCGAGGAUAAAAACGAAUCUCGUCUAUUUCCGAGCAAAUUACGCCAUCGGCGUCCUGGUGAUCCUCUUCCUAAGCCUUCUCUACCACCCGACCUCGCUCCUCGUCUUGGCCGUCCUGGUCGUCUUCUGGAUCUUCCUCUACUUCCUCCGCGACGAGCCUCUCAUGGUUUUCGGUCAUCAGAUCAACGAUCGGACGGUCAUGAUCGUUCUCUCGGUUUUGACCAUCGUCAUGCUUUUGUUGACCCACGCCACGGCGAAUAUCCUCGGGUCGCUGUUAACCGCCGCCGUGUUGGUUCUGAUCCACGCGGCGGUUAGGAGGAGUGACAACCUGUUCCUCGACGAAGAAGCUGCGGCGGCGACUGAAACCUCAGGGCUUACGUCAUACCCUUCUUCAUAA